GUCAUUUGUAUAUUGUCGUUACUCAGAGUAAGUUGUAACUUUAUUUUUCUACAAGUGCGAAUCACUAAGAAAUGGCACCAGCUUAUAAACUUACAUAUUUUGAUAUGACCGCUCUUGGAGAACCCAUCAGGUUCCUUCUGAGUUAUGGAGGGAUUGAAUUUGAAGACAACCGUAUUCAAAGAGCAAAUUGGCGCGCCUUUAAACCGAGUACCCCAUUUGGACAAUUGCCUUUUUUGGAACAUAAUGGAAAAAUAGCCUGUCAAAGUAUGGCCAUUUGUAGAUAUUUGGCAAAACAAGUAAAACUGGUUGGUAAAGAUGAUUGGGAAGAUUUGGAAAUCGAUGCAACAGUUGAUACCAUUACUGAUUUACGUUUAAAACACGCGCAGUACGCUUUUGAAAGAGAUGAAGAAGCUAAAAAAGAGAAAGAAAAAUCUUUAUUCAAUGAAACUUUUCCCUUUUACUUAGGAAAACUAGAUGCUCAAGCUAAGAAAAAUAAUGGUUACCUUGUUGGUGGUCGUUUGACUUGGGUUGAUCUGGUCUUUACAGCUAUAUUGGAUUUUUUAAAUUUUAUGGUAAAGAAAGACAUAAUAUCGAGUUUCCCGAAUUUACAGAAAGUCAAAGAAAAUGUGGAGACAAUACCCAACAUCAAGGCUUGGUUGGGAAAAAGACCAAAAGAUGCCCUAUAAUAAUUUUUCUCUUUCUUGUAUUUUCAAAGCUACGCAUUAAAUUUUGACUUGAAAUGACCAUACAACUGUUUUUUUUUAUAAGGUCUCCAAUAAAACAGUAAUCUACAAUUAUCAUG